AAUAAUUGGUAUCACUGAACUCUCUCUGGAAAUUUGAAAUCAUUCUCCAUGGCCUUCUCUGGUGGUAGCUUUGCCUCUUCCACCUCUUCUCCACUUCUUGUAAACAGAACCCAACAAUUUAGAAGAACAAAUUCUGUCAAAGUUCUUUCAAUGCCAUUAGCUUAUGGUGAAGGCAAUCCUGAAUCCUUGAGGCUUAUUACUAAACCCCCUAGCAACUAUAUGGAUGGAUUUCGAGUGAAACACGCCGAGAAAUGCAAGGAAACCAGGCUUAUGCUCCAAGAACUUGAGGACCCAUUAGAGAGUCUGAUAAUGGUUGAUACAUUGCAACGCCUUUGCAUCGAUUACCAUUUCGAAGAAGAGAUCGAUACAAUUUUACACAAACAUUAUAAAGUCUUCAAUUCUUCUGUCAAUGCCGACUUGCAUGAUGUCGCAUUACAUUUUCGAUUGUUAAGGCAAGCUGGUUAUUAUGCUCCUACAGAUGUCUUCCACAAGUUCACUGACAAGAGAGGUCACUUUAGAGGAGAAUUGAGUGAAGACAUAAGAGGAUUGAAGAGUUUAUAUGAAGCUUCACAUCUAGGAAUGGAAGGAGAAGAUACACUUGAUGAAGCCAAGGACUUUGCUCACAAGCACCUUAAUGCUAAGAUGAGAACUCUCAAACCAGAAAUGGCUAGAGCUGUAGGUGAAACAUUGGAGCAUCCUUAUCAUAAGAACUUGGCUAGGUUCAAGGUCAGACACUACCUUAGUUCUAAUGGCACACCUGGAUGGAAUAGUCUAAUACAGGAACUUGCAAGAAUAGAUUUUAACAUUGUUCAAUCCUUACAUCAACAAGAACUUUAUCAGAUUUUUAAGUGGUGGAGAGAUACGGGUUUAUCAAAGAAGUUGAAGUUUGCUAGAGACCAACCAUUAAAAUGGUACCUAUGGCCUAUGACAGUUCUAUCAGAUCCAAAGCACUCUGAGCAACGCAUCCAUCUCACAAAACCCAUCUCACUUGUGUACAUAAUUGAUGAUAUUUUUGAUGUACAUGGAACACUAGAUGAACUUAUUCUCUUCACUGAAGCAGUGAACAAAUGGGAACCUGGAGUCAUAGAUGGAUUGCCUGAUUACAUGAUGAUUUGUUUCGAGGCUCUUGACAAUAUCACCAAUGAAAUCAGUGAUAAAGUCCUUAAAGAACAUGGGUGGAACCCCGUCGGCACCUUACGAAAAGCGUGGGCAACCCUUUGUGAUGCAUUUCUAGUAGAAGCCAAAUGGUUUGCUUCUAGGCAAGUGCCUAAGGCAAAGGAUUACCUAAGGAAUGGAACAAUAAGCUCAGGAUUGCCUUUGGUGUUAGUUCAUGCAUUCUUUCUGUUGGGCCAAGGUCUAACCAAGGAGAGUGUUGAUCGUGUGGAACAAAUGCCGGCCCUAAUAUCUCACCCGGCAACAAUUCUUCGUUUGUGGGAUGACUUGGGAAGUGCCAAGGAUGAAAAGCAAGAAGGGCACGAUGGAUCAUACAUGGAGUGUUACAAGAAGGAACAUGGGGUGUCUUCAAUUGAAAGUCUUCAAGAUCAUGUCUUUGAUAUGAUUUCAGAUUCAUGGAAGGAACUCAAUAGGGAAUGCCUCUCAUCAAGCCCAUUCUCACAGUCCUUCAAAAGGGCUUCAUUAAAUUUUGCAAGGAUGGUCCCUGUGAUGUAUAGUUACAAUGAAGACCAAUGUCUUCCAACUCUUGAGAAAUAUAUCACAUCACUGUUGUGCGAAAAUAUUCCUCUGUGAUAGAAACCUAUUUCUAUUUGCAACCCCAUCAAAGUCCUCCUUGCGAAGAACAAUAAAAUAAAUAAAUAAAAGAAAAAAAAAGAAGAAAGAGGAGGCGCGGUGGUGGAGGUGGGGAAAAAACUUCUUGAGGUUAUAUGAAGUAUUUCUUGCAAAUUAAUCUUGUCAUUAUAGUAGUGAUUGUCUGGUGAUAAUGAUUAUCAUCAUUAUUAUUAUUAUUUAUUCAAUUGAUCUAUCUCAUGUAGCAUUUGGGUA